CGCCGCCGCCGGGCCAGCCCCGGCCCUAGCCCCGGUCCCGGCCAUGCCGCCCCGCGCCGCCGCCCCGCCGUAGCCCCCGUAGCGUGUCCCCACUGCAUCCCGGCUGUCCCUGGCGUGUCCCCCUGGUGAGUCCCAGCUGUCCUCGAUGUGUCCCUGCUACCCCAAGGCUGUUUCUCUAGCCCAUCCCACUUGUCCCUGGUGUAUCCCGGCUGUCCCCAGGGUGUCCUCACUGUCCCCAGUGCAGCCCGCCUGUCCCUGGGCUGUCCCCGAUGUCCCUGGUGCGUCCUGGCUGCCCCAAGAGCAGUCCAGCCCCUGCAGCCCAGCAUGGUUGGGGACACUUGGGGCUGUCACCCCAGGUCCCUGGGCUGGGGUGGGGACCCUGGCCAAGGCCAGCCUGUCACAGCCAUGCUGUAGGACCAUGGCCCGGGUGCAGGGGACCGUCCCCUGCCGCGCUGGCGUGUCCACAGCUGCGUGGUUUGGGCACGUGCUGCAUCCCCGUGGUGCCCAGGGCAGCGGGUGUGAGUGACCGGGGGCACCAGGGAUGGGGACACGUUCUCUGGGUGCCCCUGGCUCUGCUGGAGCUGUGUCCCCCUCCCCACAGGGACCCUCGUGCUGGGGGAGGGGACGGCGUGCCGUCCAUCUGUCAGGGCCCCCCUGGCUGUCCCCCGCCGGUGAGGCCUGGGGGGGCCGCGGGCUGCUCUUCCCCUCCAGACGGAGCCUCACUUCCCCCCGUGACGCAGCCGGAGCCGCCAGCCCCGGGGGCCGCUUCCUGCGCCUGGGGGCAGCGCGAGGGGGGCCCACGCACCCACGGGCACCACAGGCUGCCCCGGGGACCUGCCUGGGUUUAAUCCCGGCCCCGUGGGCUGCAGGGGACGGGGACAGCACAUGCGAGGUUUGGCCGUGUGUGCUGGUGAGGGUGCACGGUGCUGCUGUGUGGGGGGCCAGCGGGGGCCUGGGGCCGUGCAGCCCACGGUGGUGGGGACAGCGGGCUCCGGGCUUGGCAGGGACACGGGGAGCACGCUGCAGCCCCUCUCUGCGCCUGUCCCCGUGCGCUGAGCAGGGCUGUAAAUGCCCGUGCUCCAGUUACUUUUGCCGCUCUUGCGGCAUUGGGUGGGAAAAGGCGGCAGAGUUUGCUCCGGGGGCAUCUGGUGGCUCCCAGUGCUCCCACCCACGGUGCAGCCGUGGGGGGUCCCCAGUGGGGGACAGGGCUGUUGUGAGCGCUGUGCGCGCCCUGACCGCGCCUGUGUACAGUGACCUCCCUUCCAGCCUCGCCGCAUCCAUCACCCCCAGACCCUCCCGUUGACCCCUCCGGUUCUCCCCACGCUGCUGAACCCCCCUGCCAGGGCGCCAGACGUCACCGUUGGGGGGGUCCGGGUGAGCCAGGGCUGCGUGGCCCCUUGUGAACCCCAACCCGUGCCCUGCUCGUGGGGUGCGGGGUGGGGGUCCCGGCACGGCAUCCCCGAAGGGUGCCCGGGCUCCUGGGGGUGUCUCUUCAAAGGGUGCUGGGUGCCCCUGGGGGGGGUCCCUCUCCCUCUCCGUGGGGUGCCCGGUGCCACAUGGGGCUGCCCGGUGUCCCUGUGCCGCCUAUCGCGGGGGCUCCCGGUGCCCCGGACCCCCCGGUGCCGGCUUCCCGGUGCUCCCUGCCCAGGGCUGCCGCUGGCGGAGCCGCGCACCGGGGGCGGCGGCGGCCCCGGCUCCUCCCCGGCCGCGGCGGGAAGGCGGAGCCGGGCCGCCGCCGCCUCCCAACAAUAGCGCGGCCGGGCCGGGCCGGGAUGGAGCUGCCGCCGCCGCCGGGACCGGCCCCGGGGCCGCGCUGAGCGGGGACGGGCGGUGCCGCCGGGAGCCCCGGGGGUGACACCGCGGAGGGACGGGGCUGGGGACAUCCUGAGCGAGCCAGCGAUGUCGGAGAGUGUGGCCGAGGUGCCGGGAGACGGGAGCCCCGCGGCGCUGGGAGAGACAGGCACCAGCCAUGAGCUGCUGCAGCGGCUGCGGGAGCUGGAGGCGGAGAACUCGGCUCUGGCCCAGGCCAACGAGAACCAGCGGGAGACGUACGAGCGCUGCCUGGACGAGGUUGCCAACCACGUGGUGCAGGCGCUGCUCAACCAGAAGGACCUGCGCGAGGAGUGCAUCAAGCUGAAGAAACGGGUCUUUGACCUGGAGCGCCAGAACCAGGCACUGAGCGACCUCUUCCAGCAGAAGCUGCAGCUCUCGGCCGGAUCCCUGCCCCAGCUGCCGAUGCACCCGGUGCCCCCGGACGCCCCGGCCAGCCCCCAGCCGGGCUCUGCCGAGCAGCCGCCCCCUCCGCUGCCCCCUAGCCACUGUGUCCCCUCGUCGGAGGUGACCCCCUCAGUGCCGUCGGGCAGCCCCGGGCUCAGCCCUGGCGCCCCACCCCUGGACGCCCUCUCCCCCUUCUUCAAGAAGAAAGCCCAGAUCCUGGAGGUGCUGCGCAAGCUGGAGGAGACAGACCCGCUGCUAGGGCCCCCCCCAGCCUCCCCCGGCUCCCCUGAGCCCUGUGCCGCCCCAGGCUGGCCCUCGUGCCCACUGCGGGGGCCGGGGGCUGCCGGAGGGUGGCGGGGGGCCGAGGGCAGCCCCUGCUCUUCACCAGAGGAGGCUGCGCCGCCACGGGGGGCCCUGCUCAGCGCCUUGGCCGAGCGGCUGCUGCGGGGCGAGGGGGGGUGCUGCCGGCGCAACGGUGAAGCCCCUGGGGGCCCCCCCCGGCAGCGGCAGGGGGAGCACCCUGCUUUCCUGGGGCUCUAUGCCCCGGGCAAGGAGAGCCCCGAGGGGGGCUUCGCCCUGCUCUCACCCGGGGGGGACACCAACCCCCUGCCCUCCCCGCCCAAGGUGCUCAAGCUGCCGCCCCCCCCCGGGGCGCUGCGCCUCAGCCCCCAGCUCCCCCGUGCCUCCAAGAUCCCCUGCCGCGGCGGCAACCCCGAGGCCUCGCCGGCGCUCAGCCGCCGCGCCUCCCCCGAUGCCCCCCUGGAGCCCGGCUCCCCCGAGCCCCCUGCCUUCCCCGUGCCACGCACCUACGAAGCAGUCGAGCAGACCCCCGGGCCGCCGGCCCCCCCCAGCAGUGGGGAGCGGGCUGCUGCCUCCCCCCCCAGCACCCGCCGCAGCACGGGGGGCUCGGCCCCCUCCCGCCGCCCCAGCAAGAAGACCCCUGAGCCAGGCUAUCUGCCCUUCAAGGAGCGCCUGGCCGCCCUGGGCAAGCUGCGAGGGGCCGAGGGCCGUGAGCCCCCUGGCCCGGGGCGGCCUGAGCGGGGCCAUGGGGCCGAACCACGACCCCCACCCCGGGGGGGCUUGGGGGGCAGCCUGAAGCACCCCGAGCCGGCGCAUGGUGGGGAGCCCCUGGCCCGCUGCUACUCCUCCGGCUCUAUGGGUGAGCCCAGCAAGGCAGGGGGCAAGGGGCGCCCCGUCGGUGGCAGGACCCCGCCACGGGUCCCCCCAACCCCCCCCGCCAAGGCCACGCGCAGCCCCCACGGCAGCCCCACCAAACUGCCCACCAAGGCGGGCGCCGGCAAAGCUGGGACACCGCGGGGUGAGGAGCCAGCGGAUGCCAAAGCGGCGGGGGUCCCCCGCAAAGCACCACCAGCCCCUGACCCCCCUGGCACGGGACCGCCGCCAUCGGGUGCUGCAGGGCACUCUGCCAUCGAGGAGAAGGUGAUGAAGGGCAUCGAGGAGAACGUGCUGCGGCUGCAAGGGCAGGAGCGGGUGCCGGCAGGUGAAGCCAAGGGGAAGGCGGCUGGUGGCUUGGCCAGCUGGUUCGGGCUGCGCCGCAGCAAGCUGCCGGCUCUGAGCCGUCGCGGCGAUGGCGGCCGGGGCCGGGAGUGGGCUGGGACGCCGGCUCCCCUGCGGCGGGAGGUCAAGCUGGCCGCCCGCAAGCUGGAAGCCGAGAGCCUCAACAUCUCGAAGCUGAUGGAGAAGGCGGAGGAUCUGCGCAAGGCGCUGCGGGAGGAGCACGCCUUCCUGCAGGGGCUGGCGCUGGAGAAGGGGCAUCCGCGCGGGCCCCCCCGUGGCCCCAGCCAUCUCCCGGUGAUGUACCAGGAGGUAACGGCCGAGACCUUCAUGCAGCAGCUGCUCGACAGGGUGGACGGGAAGGACGUGCCCUACGAGAGCUGCCUGGAGCACAAGCGGGAGCUGUGUGACCUCCGGCGGGCCCCCCCUGACACCAAAGACCCUCGGCUCUGCCGCCCGCCCCGCAAUGGCAUCGUGGGACACCUGCGGGAGCCCCCCAGCAAGGUGCUGGACGUGGGGCUCCGGGAUGAGCUGCCAUCAGACGAGAGUUUGUCUGAAUCGGGGCCAUCACAGCACUUUGCUGCCUGCGGCUCACUGACGCGGACGCUGGACAGUGGGAUCGGGACCUUCCCGCCUCCUGACUAUGGGGGGAUCCCCACCAAGAGCACCCCCAAACCACGGGGCCGCCCCGAGCCACUGCCUGGUGCCGUGCCGGCGCGGCCGCCCACCGUCACCAAAGUGCCGCGCAAGGCCCGGACGCUGGAGCGAGAGGUGCCCAGCGCAGAGGAGCUGCUGGUGGCUGGCAAACACCGGAGCGCCCCGAUGUGCCGCCCCCCGGCCCCCCCCGGCCCGCACGGCCACCGUGCCGGUCCUCAAGGUCAGUGUCGUGCCAUGCUCUGUGCCGGGGGCGUGCAAGGCCCCACCAAUGGUGCUGGAUGCUCAUCCAUGUUCGUGCAAGAUGCCGGUGACAAUGCCGGGAAGCCGCGGCGCGUCCAGCAGAGCAAGAACUGGACCUUCCCCAACGCCAAAGCCUGCGGCGCUGCCGACCCCUUCCUCUGCCCCACGGGGGGGCUGGAGGGGCUGCACUGUCCCACGCUGGUGCCCGCAUGCAGCCCAGCAGGGUGUCGAGGGGCAUCCCCGGAGGCCCCCCCGCCGCUGCCCCCCGCCCUGAGCGCCAGCAGCAGCCGGACACCCAGCGCCUCGGACGUGGGGGACGAGGGCAGCACAGAGGCCCGGUCACGGGAUGGGGGGCAUGGCCCCCCGGGGCUGGAGCACUCCGAGUCCCUCAGCGACUCCCUCUACGACAGCCUCUCCUCCUGCGGCAGCCAGGGCUGAGCCCCCCGUGCCCGCACUCGCACGUCUUCCGCCCCUGCUGCCCCCCGGCCCCGGUCUGGGGGUGCACCCGGGGGGCAUGCGGGGGUCCCGGUGCCCCAUCUCCCCCCGCGCCCGGCUCUCUCCGAUGGUGCUAUCGCAGUGUACAGCCCCUGCCGCCGGGUUUUUAACUCGAUAAAGCCGCCCUCCCCCGGUUUAUU